GUUAUCAUUGUCGCUAGCCGUGCGGACGGGGACAAAGGGUAGGAGUCGAGCAUCCUCGUCUUUGAGUCCUCGUGGACACGUGAGCGAUUGUUUUCGUUCGAUGGCAAACUCUGAGAUAUUAUAGUGCAAAAUUAUAUACUACUUACGCAUUAUAAUAUAAUUUAGUGCAGUGCACUUGAUACCUUCGUAGGCGAAGGUGAGGUCGGUGGGCAGGCCUCUGGGGAGGAUGGUGGGAAGAUCUUCAUCCUCAUGUUCGUUGUCCUCAACCAAGGAUUCUAGCUGGGUCUACAACGAACGAGAUAAUGUGAGCAUCUAAUUCCAUGGUACAACCACCAAAAUAAGUUGUGCGUACUUGGGUUAGACGCUUCCCAAAAGUAUGACCUGCUCCAUGAAGAAGAGUAAAUGCUUCCGAGUUCCGGGCAUUUAAUCUUUCCAUCGUGUUUUAUUUUACUACAAUAAAUUAGAAUACUUAUAAUUUGAUGAAUUAUAUGCCAAUUAGAGUGAAAUGUAUAGUUUUAGUGUUUUUACUAAGCUGCAAUAAAUUCACAACAAUCGCAUUCAUCUCAUAUAUUAGAAAUAUUACCAUGGCGUGUGUACGUACAUCUACACGCCAUCGUAAAUGUGUAAGACGAAGUACGGUAGAACAAUUGUUCAACCAAUAAUGAUGGAAACCCGAUAAAUUCAUUCGCAAAAAUUAUUUGACAUCAAUGAGUGUCUAGAAAUUGUUUAUGUAUGUAGCACAUAUAUAUUUAUCAUAUUCCAGCUAUUUUAAUGUGCCGCUGAUGCUUCACGGCAUUGAGGAACUUGUGACCUCAACCUCAACUCCGUCCAAGGGAAGGUUGUGCACACAAUUAAAUCGAAACACGUAUAUCGGAUUCCCGUUACUUUUUUUCAAAUUAAACGAACAAUUAAUACUUAUCCAUGAAAUGAAUUGAAAACAAUAAUGUUGCGAACAAUUAUUAUUAAUACGACUGGAAUAAUUAGAGCUACAUACUUACAUAUAAAUUAUGGAGCAGCCCAAAUCCUGGUGUUGGAUUUUUAUAAAAGAUUAAAAACUUUGUUCAAUUGUUGGUUCAAAACCAUUAAAUAUUUAUUAUUUGCUAAUAAGUAAGAACUACGUAAUUAGAAAAACAUGGUCCCAAAGUCUCAAGUUUUAACUGUUAUUUGUAUCCUUUGUCGGUUGGCUAGAUUGAAGGCACAUGAAAACCAAAAAUCGAGUCGUCUGACAGUAUCCAACUUGAAUAAAGGCCAGAAUAUUAACAAUUUUUCUAACCCAGAUGCAGUGAGAAGUUUGGAAAAAGUCGUCGAUUCAAAUACUCAAUUCUCGACUAAUGGCACCAUUUGUACCAAAGAAUCGUCAGAUCAUGUGCACUUUUAUUUGUAUACAGCUGACAACCCAUUAAAAGGCUUUGAAAUACUGGUUGGAGACACUGACAAGCUCAACGAAUCUCUGUUCAGGAUUCAAGCACCAAUUAAAAUUUUAAUCCAUGGAUUUGGGAGUGGAUGCAAUCAUAUAUAUCCCAAAAAAUUGAAGGAUGCUUAUCUGGAGACAAACACCGAAUUGAAUGUGAUACUUGUGGAUUGGAGCCUUUUAGCUGAACCUCCCUUAUAUGAGCAAGCCGUAAAGAAUACAGGCGUCGUAGCAGUCAAAACUGCCAACCUCGCUUUAUUUCUGAUAUCCGAAAAUGCAACAACAAUUGAUAAAGUGCAUAUAAUUGGGCACUCUUUGGGGGCUCACGUGUCUGGAAUUGUUGGACAAAAACUAGAGGAAAAGCUAGGACAAAAGCCUUCAAGAAUAACCGGACUUGAUCCUGCAAAACCAUUAUAUAAUUUCAGCAGAUUGGACCGACGACUGGAUAAAUCCGAUGCCGAUUUUGUAGAUGUCAUUCACACAUCAGUUUUGGGUUUGUUCAGAACUGUGGGGACAGUUGAUUUCUAUCCCAAUGAUGGAAUAAAUCAACCCGGGUGUUUCCCGUUUGAUCUGGCUUGUAGCCACAGUCGAGCCCACGAAUUUUUUACGGAUAGCGUAUAUGAAUCCAAGAAAUAUAAGGCGUGCAAAUGUUUUAGGAAACUCGGGAGUAAGAUUUCGCUGAGUUUUCUGAACAACUGUCACUGUGACGAAUCGGACGAAAAAACCUUUGUAUUUAUGGGCGAUGCGGUGUCAACAAGUGCGCGUGGAAUAUUUUAUUUAGCAACGGAUGAUCGGCAACAACAGGAUACUGAAACCUUGCAAACUGUAGUCAAUCAGAAUGUUUAAAAUGUACAGGCAUCAGUUGAGACUCGUGAAACAAAUAAAUAAGGAAUCAGAUUAA